AUGCCGGAUAUCGCCCUCAUACAAGAGCCGUACUUAGCACAUAGUCAUCUGCCAGGAAUUCCACCCACAAGCAAGACGUUCCAGUCAACCUCUCAACAGGCUGUCAUAAUUUAUAAUGGUCCGCUAUCUCCCCUCCUUACAUCUCAGACGCAACACUCAGUUACCAUUAAACUAGAGACAACUACGGGACACCUUCAAAUUACUAAUGUGUACUUUCCACCAAGUGAGGAAUUAGAUCCACUAUUAAUAGAAAUCAGCACUGUCGUCAGAAAAGGGAACAACCAAAUCUUAUUAGCAGGUGAUUUCAAUGCUUCAAGUCCCUUAUGGGGGGCGCGAGUGGAAAACGUAAGAGGCAAAAUGGUUUUAGAAUAUGCAAUGACAAACAGAUUAAGCAUCAUAAACACGUCAGACUCACCGCCCACCUUUCGCACUAUAAGGGCGGAAGGUUGGCCGGAUUUAACCAUGGUUUCUUCCCAAUUAGCAAAUCAAAUGUCGGAAUGGCAUGUUAUGGACAUUCCCUCUCUGAGCGACCACAGAAUAAUCAGCUAUCUAAUAGGCGCUCAGUUAACUUAUACUCUAAAACAGAGGUUCCUUAAUCUGCUUCGUCCUUAUGUAGGUCAAUUGAUUUUCAACUUCCAAGCAAGCAACACCGUAGACGGACUGGAUGAUGCCUACAGGCAUUUAAUUGGAACUCUAACAAGUGCAGCAAAACAAACGUAUAAGAAAAAAACACCCAGCCAGAAGAAAGAACUUUCCUGGUGGAAUGACAAACUAACGGCAAACAGAAGAAGCAGAGUUCGGGCGCUCAGAAGACUGGCACAGUCAGAAACAGAUUCCAUACAAAGGGACCAAAAAAUGCAGACCAAGUCUGAACUUAAACUCAGUGUAGAUGAUAAAUCUGUGAAACCUGUAACACGAUCUGGUAGAACUGUAACUCCGCCAGACAGACUGGCAUAUAUUAAGGCUCUUUAG